AUAGGAAGUAGCCUAGGGCGCAGAGGCGGAAAGUACGGCCACACGAACAGGCAUGGCAGCCAAUCAGCCGCCGGCCUCGGUUCCGCGCUCCAACCGGCGCCGAGAGCGGGCCUAAGGGGGGAGGCCGGGGCAGCUGUCAGGCUAAAGUCCGGCUAGCGAGCGCGGCGGGACGGCGGCGGCGGGACGGGCCCUGGAGAUGAGCCGUGGCGCCGCGGGCUGGUGCUGUCUCGUGCUCUGGCUGCCCGCGUGCGUCGCGGCCCACGGCUUACGCAUCCAUGACUACUUAUACUUCCAAGUGCUGAGUCCUGGGGACAUUCGCUACAUCUUCACAGCCACACCUGCCAAGGACUUCGGUGGUAUAUUUCACACGCGGUAUGAGCAGAUUCACCUCGUCCCUGCUGAACCUCCAGAGGCCUGUGAGGAACUCAGCAACGGCUUCUUCAUCCAGGACCAGAUCGCUCUGGUGGAAAGGGGAGAGGAUGAAGGAGGGGCAGCUAGCACCUGCUUUUCUUUUGGUCUCAACACUACCUCUUCCAGGGGCUGCUCCUUCCUCUCCAAGACCAGGGUGGUACAGGAGCAUGGCGGGCGAGCUGUGAUCAUCUCGGACAACGCAGUGGACAAUGACAGUUUCUACGUGGAGAUGAUCCAGGAUAGUACUCAACGCACAGCUGACAUUCCUGCCCUCUUCCUGCUCGGCCGAGAUGGCUACAUGAUCCGACGGUCUCUGGAACAGCAUGGGCUGCCGUGGGCCAUCAUCUCUAUCCCAGUCAAUGUCACCAGUAUCCCCACCUUUGAGCUACUGCAACCUCCCUGGACUUUCUGGUAGAAAGGCUGACCCCAGGUGCCAGCUACACGUGAUUCACUUGGAAGAGGAAACCUAAGAUUCUGCCACUUGGAGUUUGGAGAUAAGACUCUGAGGGCAAGUGAGCCACAAGACUGGCUUUCCCUUCCCUGGGACCUGCAAGGACAUCUCAUUCUCCAGCAAGAGGCAAGAAGCAGAUCCAAGGCUUCUGGCUAGAAUUGGGAACAAAAGGUGCUGAAGGCAGGUGGCCAUGUCAUCUGCAACCUGUCAUACGCCACCAGUUGCAGCCUCCCGCAGCCAGGACCUCCUCACAAUGAGCCUUGUAGCUGUUGCUGAAGUGGUUUAAAGAACUGGUAUUCUGGGACUAAGGAUCCCCUACUUUUUAGCAAUAAAGCUAAAUAAAGCUCA